AUGUAUUUGACUUCAAAUCACAUUUUGGCGAUGAUGGCAAGAUCCCAAGACCCGCAAUCUAAAGGACCCGUCUCCACAAAUGUGAUGGGGCGACAGUUAGACUUUAGACCUCAAUUGGGAUUAGUUGAUUGUCAAACAUCCUUGAGUACCGCCGACAACCCACUAAAGUAUGCACGUACCAUGGCGGGGUAUUGA